UUAGUAUUACUUAAUCAGCUCGCGAAGGCAGACGCUUAAGCUCGACAGCAGAAGAAAUAAAGUUUUAUUUUAUUAAGUUUAAAUUAAGUUCCAAACCCUUCCCCCUUAAACAGACUCCAUAAACAUGGCAAAAUUAAUAUCAUUUAUGAUUCUUUGUUGCAUCUCCACAUUCAUCGAUGCGCAGACGGUUACGAAGCAAUGUAGAGGUUUUAGAAAAUUAGACACAACCGAAGUAUCACUUAGCAACUGUCAAAAAGGAAUUUGCAAGUUCCCACGAGGCAAAACAGUGGAAGUUGUCCUUAAAUUUACACCAGACAGAGAAAUCAAAUCCCUCACAACAAACGUUGAAGCCAACAUCAACAACAUUCAACUUCCAUGGAUAGGUGUCGACGGCGCAAGUGCAUGCAACAGCAUCUUCAAUGAGAAUGGCGAAAAAGUCUCAUGUCCAUUGCAAGCAGGUCAACGAUAUGUUUAUAAAAAUAGAUUCGAUGUGUUGACAAUCUAUCCAAGAAUUCAAACAAUCGUCCACUGGGCAUUGAAAGCUGGUAGACACGAUCUCAUCUGCUUCGAAGUUCCAGUCAGAAUUGUUUGAAGGAACUUGAUUUAAUUUGAUUUAAAUUUAUUUUUAUGUGAUAAGAAAUUUGAUUUUAAUUUUUUUGUGUUCGUUGAGCAUAAAUUUCACUCAUUUGUAUUUUUUGGGGGCUGUUUAUAAAUGAUGGGUGGUAUUAAUGUGAAGUGAGGAGGUUCGGUGCCUGUUUGAAAUUCAAAAACAUCAAGGAAUAAGAGUUUGUGACUCAUAACUUUCAUUUUGAAGAUAUCCAUCAUUUACAAACAUCCCCCAUUCCACCCAUUUUUGUUUACCUUAAAAUAACAUGUGACAGUAUUUAAUUUGCAUCUUGAAUGAGUCAACACAAAAAAAAUAAAAAACUUAAUAGUUUGGUAAAUUUUAAAAAUAAACAUUUGUGAACCAGUUUCAUCUGUGUCUGAAUCUGA